CCCGGAGAAGCGGAAGCGAAACUUGAGACUUGAAUGAAACUUGGAUGAAAACAUUGUCAAACACGCAACAAAAUGCCCACCAUGGAACCUGGCGAGGAUAUAGAUCUACAUUUUGAAACAAUGAAGUAUCACGAGCUUCAAAAACUUGCAAAAGCUGCUGGUAUCAAAGCAAAUCAAAAGAUUGACAAACUGGUUAAGGCACUUCAGGAGCAUCAUGCUAAAGCAGAAAGCUUCAGUAGCCCUAAAGCUGCCCCACAGUCUUCUCAGAACAGUGACAUUGUGACUCCACAAACAUCACAAGCAAAGACGGCGACAUCAAAAAAAUCUGUUGAUCGAUCAGGAACCCAGUCCACCCCGGGGUCUUCAAAGAGUGUCUCUUCAAAAUGCGAGAAACAAGACAGGAAGCCUACCAGUGCUUCAGAUAAACAGAAAUCUGAGAUAGAAAAUGAUAAGAUGACAUCAAGAAAGAGAAGACGUACCUUUGAAUUGGAUGAACCUACCCUGAGUCCUUGCAGCACACCUUCCUCUGAAAAUGAAGGCAAGAGAAAAGAAACAAGAUCUUCCACUAGCACUCCUAAAACAGCACCAAUGGAGGAAGAGCCUGUUAACAAAAGGAGUAGACGGAAUACUUUUGAUAAAACUCCCUCUCAGGACGCCACAGAGAACAGAACUAUGUUUAUCCCUGGAUCCUCAGGAAAAGUGAUGUUAGAGUGUGAGAAAGAAAUAAGGAAAUGUAAUAAUAGUUUCAAUGAGGGAGAUCCUGAAACUACCAGUGAUAAACAAAUUUCAAGAAAAAGAAGACGUACAUUUGAGUUAGAUGAGCCUACUCUGGGCCCUUGUAGCACACCAUGCACUGAAAGUGAGGGCAAACGCAAAAAACUAGCACCCCUAAUGGACACUCGUAAAGCAGCGCCAGUGGAACAACCUGAAGAGAAACUGAUUCGAAGAGAAACAUUUGAUAAAAAUCCUUUUCUGGAGAUCAAAGAGAAGAAUGUCACAACACAGAGAUCAACUCGAUCAUCUAGCAGUCCUAGUACAAGGGCCAUUAUAGACUCAAUGGAUGCAAACAUAUCUAGCGCAGAGCGGAAAGCCAAACUUUUGUCUGCUCUUGAUAAGAAAGUUCAAGAAAAAGUGAAUUCCAGUCCCUCUGAAGCUGUUGGACAGCAGCACAGUCAGAUCCCUAGAUUUAUGGCUUUCCUGACCAACAAGAAGAAGGCGGAAGCACAAAAACCACCUACACCAGGCAACAAAGACUGGACCAAGAUCCAUAACAAAGCAUUUGCUAAAUUUGAUUCGAUUGAUGUUUACUUGGAAAAGAAGCAACAGCGAGUCCAGCAGUUAUCAAACAGUGCAAAAAAGACAGCCGUUUCGAAGACUCCUCAAAAAACAUUUUCUCAGGCUAAAGUUGCAAAACCAGUGUCUAGGCCAGCAGCACAAGUUAAGCCGUUCGUUCCCACGGUGACUUCUACCAAGGGUAUCAACUUUAACUUCAACAAAACUCCAACCUCUGGUGCUGGAAAAACGCCUUCCACUUUGAAAUCUGCUAGAAAAUCGUUUACAAACGGGGGACCUGCAAAGACGCCUAAGCUCUUGAAUGUGACAUCUGCACAGAAGCCGUCAGACUCGGCUAAGAAAGCAACACCUUUCAAGUUUACUGGAUUGACUGGCAAAGCGAGUUCCUUGAACACCACACAGCACUCGCAGAAGAAAACUUUUGACCUGAAGGCCAGUCUAGCGAAACCACUCACUUGGAAGCCACACACUGGCAAGCUGCAAACUGUGGACUUUAAUAAGCCUGCCUUUGUUUCUGCCACCAAGUCUUCUGUACAAAAAGCUGUCAUUCGACCUUCACGGCAAGCCAUGGCAAGCAAGACCAGGCCUACUCAUGCAAAGGAUGUCCACAGAGCCAAGCAGCUGGACAGGAGAAAUAAUCAGAAAUAUAUCGACAUGAUGAAACGCAGAGGACUUAUUGCAUAAAUUCACUGACAUGUUUUAGAUUUUUAGGGACAUGUGUUGAAAAUAGAGUAGAAUGAAUUAUGUUGAUACAUUUUGUUUUGGAAUGAUCUCAGUGGAAAGGCCAUAAAACAGUUCAAUGCAGAUUCUGUCAUUUUUAUUAUAACAGUAGAUAGAUUCAUGUUUAGGGGGAUUGGCUUGCAAAAAAGGUUUAAUAUAUUGAUCUAGUGUAAGUAGAGCACUCUGUAACAUUUCAAAAUUCCUAGUCGUCAAUAGCAAGAUACUUGUAAUGUGUGCAUAACUAAAUGUUCUGCAAAUAAAAUUGUGAGGCAAGUUUUUCACUAUUUGUGUAACCACCCUGUGAAAUCAGGUACUGGUCAAUUUUUGGGCAUGUGAAAUUAUUUUUGUAUAAUUUUAAAGCUUGAUUAUUUGCCUUGCUUUUGCUGAAAAAAACAAAACAAACAAACCCAAAACAACUUGUCUAUCUUGAAGAAAGUGGGGCUCAACUGUUGUCAGAGGUAAAAUUUACGAAAAAAGUUCAAUGACAUCCUAAACAGGCGUGUCUUUGGAAAAGGAAAAUUUACAUUUUUUUGGUGCUUUUAAUCGUUUUUCGGCAAUUCCAUGCAGGAAUGUGUUUUAAAAUACGUGAAAGGUGUUGAGCCCAAAACAAAAAAUUUGUUUUCAAAAAAUAUAAUUGUGGGCCUUUUCUUGUUAGACAAUAAAUAACGCAAUCGAAGACUUUGAGCUCUGAGUGUUAAAUCUGGUUACUUAUAAAAAAUCACUGGUUAAGUUAAGGUUGACUGACCAAAACACGAAAACUUAUCAGUAACAAUUUUUCUGUUCUGUUCCAUUAAUGCCUGAAAAAAACUCACUGCUUGGUGCACUUAUUGGUGGUACCAUGCUGGACUGAUGUAGACGGCCCUGGUUCGAAUCUCCAAUUGGGUGUUCUUAAACUCGUGUUGUUUGGGGUGUAUUCUAGGCUCUGUACUCACUUUGUGGAUUCCUCUCAGAGUUCCGCUUUUUUAAUAACUUUAAAUGUAUAGAACGGGGCAUAGCUAAUCCAGUACAUUUAACAACUGCCCACUGCCGUAAGUCUCUCUGCAAUGGAGUGGGCUCUAAGAGACUCAUAGACCUUGGUGACUCUGAAACACUUAUGUUAGCUGACUGGGGGGAACCAGCUCCAUGUUUGUGGUGCUUGCAGUCUACACCACUAUGUGCGUGAAAUUCUGAACUUAAUUUCUCAUGUGAUUAUUUUUUUAUUGGCUCAUGGUACACACCAUAUAUAUUAAAUUGUGACCCAGAAAAGCAAACACUUUCGAUAUAAGACUGUCUGAAUAUGUUGUUAAAGUGGCUUCUAGUAGUGAAGGAAAUCCUUUUGAAUAAUUAUCCACAGAUCAUUCAGAAUUGGGAGGGAAUUACAUAUAUAAGUGCACUCUAGAUAUUAGGACAUCCUCUCAGUCGUCUCUGAAAAUACAUGUAGACUGAAUUAUUGAGCUUUACCCAAAAAAUACAAUCCCAUAUGUAUUUGUAAGUUUUCGAAGUUUGGUGUCAAAAUGUCCCAGACUUUUUAAAAAAGUGAGAUCUUCUGGCUCUUUGGAUAAGCUUACUACUGAAUUGUUUUGAACUACACUUAGAAAUUAACCUUUUCUUUAACAGUGAUAAGUUUUAGUACAAGUGCCACUGUGAUGGUGUGUCAGGUAACUUUUAAGUGACGGCAUUUUCAAUGAGUUUAAGGGGAAAUGAUAUGAUAAAUAUUUUUGCUCCUUACUUGCAGCUGCGAAGUUACCAAGUUAAUGAAUUUAAGUAAGGGCCGCCAAAUGUAUUGCAACAACACUAUUAUCAGUGUCUGCAGAUUACAUGCACAGGCAACUAUGAGUAAGUUUGAUGUCACCAUGGAUGCAAAAUAGUCAAUUCAUCUGUUGGUUUUAUUUUGUCAUUGUCUAACCAUUGCGAUUUUUUUGAUCAGAUGUAGUCAUGUAUACAUAUAUUUUUUGACACUGAGCCUAGACUAGCAGUACUGAAAUCAAGUUAACGGAAAGAAGCUUAGAAAAGUACAUACAUUUACACAUGUGUAUGUGUACUUUGGGGUGAGGUUAUGGGCUCUCAUUUAGUUGUGGUAUUGGUGGCUAAUGUGUGAAGUAGUCAGUCAAAGAUUUGUCGUUGAUAUUGGCAUCCUCAGUUUCUGAAGAUUAUCUCCCAAACUUAUAAUCACAAUGCCAAAUGCUUCACUUUUACUUUUAAAAGGACCUCAAACUGAUCAAAGGACAAGUCAUUCCUGCAUUGUUUUUUGUUGUGUUUUCCCCUGCAAUAUUCCAUACUUCCUUCACGCUCUUUGCUUUUCUAAAAAGAACUGGUUGUUGGUUUUAUUUUAUUUGUUCGCCGGCCUCUUUGAGACACUAUAAAUAGCCUAAAGACAAGAUUUAGCCUCAUUCUCAUGAGAUUUUUAACAGUUUUAGUUACCUUAUUCAUCUGUCAUGCAUUUUUGCGUGUGAUAUUGUCGAAUGUUGUUAGUUUGUUUCAUUAUUUUGUUUUAAGAAAUGGUGUUAGUAAGCUAUUUGUGUGGCUUGUGUUGGAAGUUUAUAGUCUUAUUAAACAUAAUAUGUAUCAUACCAACA